AUGCCUGACUCUACUGAUACUCCUCCAGCUCAAACCUCGUCUGGAAAUGGGAUCAACGUUGAUCUCAAUCACCCAUUCUUCCUUCAUUCUUCUGAUGCUCCAGGAAUGAGCCUCGUCAAUGCUGUCUUUGAUGGGAAAGGUUUUCAAGGAUGGAAGAGAUUCAUUCUCAUAGCCAUUUCAGCCAAAAAUAAGGCGGGCUUCAUCAAUGUAACAGUUGCACCUCCUCCUAUCACUUCCAAGGACUAUCAACCUUGGUCAAGUGUCAUAUACUCCAAUUCUGCUAGAGAUCUGUGGAUUAGCUUAGAACACAGAUUUGGCCAAUCCAAUGGUGCCAAAUUGUGCCAUCUGCAAAAGGAAUUAUCAGGAUUAUCUCAGGGAACAAAUGACAUAGCAUCUUAUUUCACUAGACUCAAACGACUAUGGGAUGAAUUGGACUCACUGAACUCUAAUGUGAAAUGCACAUGUACAUGCAUUUGUGAGGGUAAAAAGAUGCUGGAAAAGUCACAAGAGGAUGAAAGGCUCAUUCAAUUCUUCAUGGGACUGAAUGAAGCAUAUGGACAAGCCAGGGGAAACAUUCUAAUGAUGAGUCCUUUACCUAACAUCAAUCAUGCUUAUUCACUGGUUUUACAAGAUGAAAAUCAGAGAGAGGUAUAUGCUAAUCCUCUCAUUUCUACUGAUGCUUCAUCUUUCAUGGUGGUAAGUCAGGCAAAUUUCACUAGUCAAGGUAACUUCUCACUAAGAAAUGGAAAACAAAAGAGCUCAGGACAAUUUCAAAGGAACAACAAUGUUGCCCCAGCCCCAAGAUCUGGAUAUGCACCACAGAAAUCACCAAAUCCUAAGGGAAAGAGAACUAGGUUUAAUCCUAAUGUUUCUUGUACUUAUUGCAAGAAAACAGGACACACAGUGGAUGAUUGUUACAGAAUCAUAGGGUUCCCAGAUAAUUUUGAGUUUACAAAUCCAAGAACAACUCAAGGUGGAAUCAGAAGCAAUGUUGUCAUUUCAGGGGAACAAGCAGAAGACAACAACAACCAACAGGAGAUACAGGCAGUUCAAAUUCAGAAAUCAAUGCAAAUACUGUGGCCGGCCUCUUUACUGAAGAGGGCUCAAGUUUUUGGUGAAGCAAGAUAG